AUGAGUCUCUUAGUAUGGAACUGUCGCGGGCUUGGGAACCUGCGUACAGGGAAGGAGCUUGAAGUUUUGAUUCGGGCUAAAGAUCCCUCCGUCGUGUUUUUAGCCGAAACAUGGGCGGACGAAGCUAGGCUAAAAGAAGUCCAAAGGAAUAUCAAGUUUGAUAAUUUGUUUUACGUGGAAAGAAAUCAUAGAGGUGGUGGGGGUUUGGCUCUAUACUGGAAGAAUUCCACGGAUGUACACGUAGAUUCAUUCUCCAAGUAUCAUAUAGAUUCAAUUAUCAACAAAGGCAAUGAUGAAGCAUGGAGAUUCACAGGUUUUUAUGGAGAACCAGCAACUCACAUGAGAAUUGAAGCCUGGAAUAAACUCCGACUACUCAACACGAAACACAACCUCCCUUGGCUAUGCGCUGGAGACUUUAAUGAAAUCACCAGACACUCAGAAAAAUUGGGGGGUAAUAACAGAAGCCAAGCUCAGAUGCAACUUUUCAGGGAUGUCAUAGAUGAGUGUGGAUUCCUUGAUCUCGGGUAUGUAGGUGAUCAAUUCACUUGGAGAAAGCAUUUUGCAGAUGGUCACUCACUGUGGGAAAGAUUGGAUCGAGGUCUGGCCAACCAUGAUUGGUUCAUGAAAUUCUCAGGUUCAAAAGUACAUCACCUGCACUCAGACUCUUCAGAUCACUUACCACUAUGGAUCACCUUGGAUGGUUUAGAUAUUCCUACAUUCUCUAAACCAUUUAGGUUCGAAGAAAUGUGGCUCUCAGACCGUGGGUGCUCAGAGAUUGUAGAAGCGGUGUGGCUUUCUAGGGAAGAUGGAGAUGUGCAGGAUCAUGUCAUUCGUAAAAUAGACAAAUGUGGUAAAGAAUUAAGAGAUUGGAACCGGAAUUGGUUUGGCAAUGUUAGAGUGGUGUUAAGUCGAAAGAGAAAGGAGUUAAAAGAUGCUGAAAAAAUAGCCAUGAGAUCCGGAAAUAAUCAACAGGUCAGAGAAUUGAAGAAGGAAAUUGCUGAGUUGGUUGAUAAGGAAAAUAGACUCUGGUUCCAGAGAUCCAAAGUCUUGUGGGCAAAAUUUGGAGAUAGAAACUCAAAGUUCUUUCACAGCCAAGCUUCACAAAGGAAGAGGAAAAAUCUAAUCCGGAAGCUUAAGGACUCCAAUGGCCAUGUGUUUGAGGAAAAUGAGGGGAUAGCGGAAUGUCUAGUGCAAUACUACCAGAAUCUCCUCAGUUCAGAAAACCAGCAAAUUUGUGACUCAGCUACAGACUCAAUUCAGACAGUGAUUACUGAGGAAAUGAACUCCAAGCUCUCCUCUGAAUUCACUCAUAUGGAGGUAAAGCAAGCCAUUAACCAAAUGGCCCCACUUAAGGCCCCUGGGCCGGACGGUAUGCCUCCUCUCUUUUAUCAACACUACUGGAAUUUAAUUGGUGAUGAUAUAUCUAACACUGUGUUGCAUUUCCUUAAUUCUGCCUCUCUACCUGAACACCUCAAUCACACAUUUAUCACACUCAUUCCAAAAAAGAAGAAUCCUGAAUUUGCAUCUGAAUUUAGACCCAUAAGCUUGUGCAAUGUUUUGUAUAAAAUUUUCUCUAAAGUUCUAGCUAAUAGACUUAAGAAAAUUUUGCCUAAUAUUAUCACUGAGAAUCAAAGUGCUUUCACUAAGAGUCGCCUUAUUUCUGACAAUAUUCUUGUAGCUUUUGAGUCUUUACACAGUAUGCAGAGACACUCAGGGAAGGAAGGUUACAUGGCCAUUAAGCUGGACAUGAGCAAAGCAUAUGAUAGAGUGGAGUGGGGGUACUUAGAAUCUGUCAUGGUAAAAAUGGGGUUCACAGAUCACUGGAUCAAACUCAUGAUGUUAUGUGUCAAGACGGUGACCUAUUCUAUACUGGUGAAUGGGGAACCUAAAGGCAUGAUCACACCAACAAGAGGCAUCAGACAGGGCGACCCCUUAUCCCCCUUUCUAUUCUUACUCUGUACUGAAGGUCUCAAUGGGCUUCUUCUCCAAGCAGCUCACCAAGGACAUAUUAAGGGUUACUCUCUUUGUAGAAAUAGUCCACGUCUAACCCACCUUUUGUUUGCAGAUGAUAGCUUGCUGUUUUGCAGGGCCACCAACGAGGAGUGCCAAAGAGUUUUGGAUAUUCUGGAUGUAUAUGGGAAAUGCUCAGGUCAACGAAUUAACCGUAGCAAGACGACAAUCUUUUUUAGUAAAUCUACGAAGGUUGAGUCUAGAGAUCAAAUUAAAUUGGCAUUGGGAAUUCCUGAAAUCAUUCAGUAUGAGAAAUACUUGGGGUUACCUUCGCUGGUGGGUAGAAACAAAAAAGCAAGCUUCAAUUAUAUAAAGGAAAGGGUAUGGAAAAAACUGCAAGGGUGUAAGGAGAAACUUCUUUCACAAGCUGGAAGGGAGAUUCUUAUAAAGGCCGUUGUUCAGGCUAUUCCAACCUACACCAUGAGCUGCUUCAAACUCCCAGUUGGACUUUGUUCUGAAAUUGAAAGCUUAAUAAGAAGGUUUUGGUGGGGGCAGAAAGGAGAACGGAGAAAAAUCCAUUGGGUGAGAUGGGACACACUUUGUCUUCCAAAAAAUGAAGGCGGAAUGGGUUUCAAGGAUCUAGCUAAUUUCAACGAUGCUCUCUUGGCCAAACAGGCUUGGAGAUUACUUCAUAAUAAGGAUUCUCUAUUCUAUAGAGUCUUUAAAAUGAAGUUCUUUCCAAACUGUAGUAUAUGGGAAGCUCAAGACUCUAGCUCUGGCUCACAUGCUUGGCAUAGCAUAUUAAAAGGAAGAGAUGUCCUACUAAAGGGCGCAAGAUGGAGGGUUGGGAAUGGAGAAAAUAUUAGUAUUUGGAAUGACGCUUGGUUACCAUCACAGGAGCACCCAAGGGUCCUUUCAGACAUUGUUCCAGGAUUUGAAGAUGGAAGAGUUUCUGAUCUCAUUGAUCCGAGUACAAGAACUUGGGAUGCAAAUUUAGUGCAUGGCUUAUUGUCAUCUGAAGAAGCUGCACUGGCUCUCAGCAUCCCACUGAGCCGUACCCCAGUGGAGGACAAAAUCAUUUGGCCCUUCACCCCCUCAGGUAACUAUACGGUAAACUCGGGUUCCAAGUUCCUAGCCAAACUAAACUCUAUGUUGGUUCCUGCAGGUAAUCCGCAGCAGCAAAAUGAGGUUUGGAAGCUGAUUUGGGGGCUUAAUGUUCCAAAUAAAGUACGAAAUUUCAUGUGGCGGGUUUGCAAAGAAGCCAUUCCAGCAAAGCACAAUCUAUUGAAGAGGAAGAUCCUAAAUGAAGAUAGAUGUGAACAAUGUGGAGUGGAGUCUGAAACAGCUGCCCAUGCACUUUGGAAUUGUACCAAUCUGGACGAAAUUUGGGAUAACACUCCAGGUUUUGAAGACCGUGACCAACUGGGCAUCUCAAACAUCACGGAACUAGUCAAGGUGACGCAUGAAAGAAGGAUGAACACGGAGCUCAUGGCUAUGGUGAUGUGGACGGUAUGGCACAGACGGAACCAACUCCGAGUAAACACCAACGUCCUUCCCAAAGCCCAGGUUUUUCAACAAGCAAUGCAGGUCCUUGAAAUGUUCCAAAGGAGCCAACAAUCCCUCAUCAAUCAUGCAGCGAACAUGAGAACUCAGCAGCAUAUUCAGUGGCGUCCUCCUCCGGAUAAUUGUGUAAAAUUGAACUUCGACGGUGCCAUUUUUCCGGAGUUGGGCAAAGCUGGUUUGGGUGUGGUUGUCCAUGAUUCUCAUGGAAACGCCAUUGCCUCACUGUCUGAACAAGCCUCACUUCCAUUUGCACCAGUCAUUGUGGAAGCCAUGGCUGCUGCUAGAGCGAUUACUUUUGCACAAGAACUUGGUUUUAAUGAGUUUAUGCUUGAAGGAGAUUCAGAAGCAGUAAUAAACACCCUUCGUAGCCCAGAAGCUUCAUUGACAACUUAUGGUCAUCUUCUUGAAUCUGCAAAAUCCACUCUAGUUACCAGUAAAUGUAUUGCUUUUUCCCAUAUUCGUAGAAGUGGUAAUAGAGUAGCACACAACCUAGCUAAACAUGCUAGACAUGUUAGAGGUUUGUCGGUGUGGGUGGAGGACAUGCCACCACACCUCUAUGAUGUACUUUUUGCUGAUCCCGGUUGA